AUGGCACCCACCGAUGCAGAUAAGAUGAUGUAUUCGGACUCCGACACCCGGGUCGAGGUCGGACGCCUCAUUCACCAUCUUGAACGCUCCUUUGCCCUCGAAGUCACCCUCGAUUUGGUGAAGGGGGCCGAUUUCUUCUGUCACAAACCGCCCAUGCACUUCCAUGUGCAAGAAGAAUAUAUUGAAUCAAUUCAAGGCCGCCUGGUGCUGGAGAUUGACGGCCGGGAAGUGGUGCUAAAGCCAGGUGAUGGGCCUUACAGCAACAAGCCGUACAAAGACCAUCGAUCGUACCCUCUUUCGCUAGAUCGGCAAUAA